CGUCCCAAUUGACUCGCACCUUAAUUCAUAGUCUUUUCUUAAUUCGUACGCUUUGCUGUAGUCUGCCAGGCUACGAAACCAUCAUCUUCAAAACUCAUAGAGACUUGGAGCAGCCUUGUGUGCAGGGUGAUCACUGGUCUUGAUCAUCGUGUGCUACCAAGCAAGAGAAGCAAAUCCUUCGUAGGCCUGGAAUGGAGGAUCUCUAUAGGUUGUGCCUAGAAGCCUUGCCAAACAUUCCAAUUUCAGAUAUUAAAGGAACUGCUAUUCAUAAGAAAGUUGCAUAUUUCUUCAAGGCAUUAAAAUCUAUCAGAGACUCGUGGAGUAUGAGUCACAAGUGCUUGGCCAAAUAUGGUUUGGAUAAAUUUAGUAAUAUGAACAGCACAAAUGUAGAGCAACUGGUUGAUAUAGUAGUGUUUGCAACACUUGACUCUGUGAUUAAGGCAGCAGCAGAACUGUUUGAUAAGCUGGAAGAUGAAGAGUUGAAUGAGGAUUACACCCAACAACCCGGCAAAUCAACAGAGUCCCAUCCCUGCAACAAAUCUACUUCUCUUGCUGCCGAAAAUUAUGCUCGUACUGCAGUGUCUCCAGAUAUUUCCAACUCUCCGCCUCGUCCUCCGCCUCGUCCUCCGCCUCCUGGAGUUCAGGUUUGUCAGAAAUCUAGCAUCUUGCCACAGAGCAAAGAAGAGGUGAAAGCAGUAAACACCGGCGUAAUUGAAUCUCGCCUGCAGAAAAGCAACGGCACGGAAGAUGUAACCGGUGAAACUGGCAUCCCAAAAAGUGCUCCCCCACCACCUGUCAUGCCUCCAAGAGGAUCGAAACCAACUGCAACGCCAGUCAAAAAGGGUUUUGGGCCCCCUCCACCUCCCCCUAUUGGUGGUAAAUCUCUACUUCAAAGAAAAGCCGUUUCAAAAUUGAAGAGAUCCACCCAGAUGCCCAGCCUGUUUCAGAUACUGAAGGAAAAGAUGGAAGGAUCUAAUCUGACUAUUAAAUCAUCAAGUGUGAGAACGAAACAACUUGGCGGUUCUAGUGGUGGAAGGGAAGGAAUGUCUGCCACGCUAGCAGAAUUGUCAAAAAGAUCAACAUACUUUCUACAAAUUCAAGAAGAUAUUCAGAAGUAUGCAAAAUCGAUCUUUGAGUUGAAGGCAGCCAUCAAUUCUUUUCAAACAAAUGACAUGGUAAAGCUACUGAAGUUCCGAAACCACUUUGAAUCCAUUCUUGGAGUCCUAACUGAUGAAUCUCAGGUGCUAGCAAAGUUUGAAGAUUUUCCCACACAGAAGUUGGAAACAUUAAGGGCAGCAGCUGCACUGUACUCAAAAUUAGAAACUAUAGUUGCUACCUUGAAGAAUUGGGAGAUAGUGCCUCCAUUGUCAAAGCUUUUGGAUAAGGUCGAGUGCUAUAUCAGAAAGAUCAAAGUACAGGUGGAUGCAUUUGAACGAAAUAAGGAUGAGGAAUCCAAAAAAUUUAAGAGCCAUAAUAUUGAGUUUGACUUCCUUAUGUUUACAAGGGUAAAAGAAUCAGUGAUAGAUCUUUCCUCUGGCUGUAUGGAACUAGCACUGAAGGAAAGGAGAGAAGCAAAAACAAACGGGAAUGGAAAAACUGGAGCCACAGAAGGGAAAAUGAAAGACAGUGGUAGAUUGCUUUGGAGAGUUUUUCGGUUAGCAUUUCAGGCCUAUAGCUUUGCUGGUGGACAAGAUGAUCACUCUACUAAGUUGGCCAAUGAAUUGGCUAAUGAGAUCUUAGUUAAUUCACAAUAACUAUAGCUAUAUUCAUUGAUUGGAAAACCUACAGAUGAUCAAGAAAACUACCAAAAGUUGAAAGCAUUCUUUGGAAGACUUGCAGCCUUAGUCCACUGAAUUAUACUUGCACUGCCAGACAAGAAAUUCUAAUUGAUGUGACUAAAAUUUUUGCAUUA